CCUCGACGUUUUCAAGUACGGCAGUCGUUCGUUCGACUCCGAACCGAAAACGAAUCUCGUCCUCGCGUACUAGGUUAAAGAAAAAUAGUUUCAAUUCUCGUAUGAGUUUAAAAGAGAGAGAGUUCGCGCGGGUUUUUUUAAAAGAGACCUUCAUCGUUUCUCUGUGUCCCAGCGCGCCGAUUUCUUGGGAUCUUUUAAAACAGUUUUAACCAGCGAUUGAUUUUAUCUUAAAAAGUUCUUGCUUCUCUUUGAUUCUUUCCAGAUGGCCGUGACUGAAACGCAAGGAAAUAAUGAAAUGGUUGAAGGUGAUGUUAUCCAAAAAUCCAUCGGGAUUUUCGGACGUUGGCACUGGUGGGUGGUUUUGUGGACGAUGGCGUGUAAAUUUUCGAUAGCCUGGCACCAACUGAGCGUAGUUUUUCAAGCUCCGACGCCAGAAUUUACGUGUAGUGACCCAAAUAUAACCGAUGCGUGUUCGAAAGAAUGUCCAGAGCAUGUUUUUGACAGGUCGAUUUUCACCCAAACGAUCACGAUGCAAUGGGAUUUAGUUUGUGAUAAAUACCAAUUGAAUAAUGUGGUUCAAAUGGCGACGAUGUUGGGGAUUUUAGCUGGUGCUGUCAUUUUUGGAAUGAUUUCUGAUAGAUAUGGUCGUCGCGGCCCAUUAGUAGCAGCAGUAAUGAUCCAAACGGUUUCCGGUUGCGCUGCAGCUAUCGUUCCAUGGUUUUGGGUCCACAUCCUUCUUCGUUUCAUCUGCACAACAGCAACAGGAGGGACUAUGAUGACGAGUUUCGUUUUAAUCAUGGAAUUAGUUGGUUUAAAAUGGAGAACAACCGUAGGAAUUUUAUAUCAAAUUCCUUUUAAUUUGGGUCAUUUAUCGUUACCGUUGAUCGCGUAUCUUCUAAGAGAUUGGCGUUUAAAUCAAUUUGUAAUCUCGAUUAGUUCGGUUGUUUUAUUCGCUUAUUAUUGGGUGCUCCCGGAAUCUCCGAGAUGGUUAUUAGCGGUCGGCGAAACGGAAAAGGCGGUCGCUAUUUUAGAAAAAGCGGCCCAUCACAACCGCUUACCGAGAGAAAGCAUUAAAGCGGACGUUGAAAAUUACGUUCAAAAGAAGAACUUGAAAGAAACUAAAGGUGGAAAUAUUCUUUCUUUAGUAAAAACGCCAUCGUUACGCGUCAAAACGAUUGCGAUAUGUUUUAAUUGGUUCGUUUGCGGGUUAUGUUUCUUUGGGGUUGCUCAAUUUAUGGGGGAAAUUGGUGGGGAUAAAUUUGUAAAUGUUGCAGUUUCCGCGGUUGUACAAAUUCCGGGGACUUUACUUUCCGUUUGGUUGUUAGCAACAUUCGGGCGUAAAAAAACGUUAAUUUUUUCAAAUCUCUUAGCUGGAGUUGCGUGUAUCGGAGUUGCUUUUACCCCAACUGAUCCAGCGUGGAUUAAAACCACUUUGGGGGCGGUCGGAAUGUUUGCCCUUUCGGUCUGUUUUCCGACAGUUUAUAUUUAUGCCGGAGAAUUGUUUCCUACGAUAGUAAGAAAUGUUGGUUGUGGAACAGCAUCGGUUUUUGCAAGAGUCGGUUCGAUGUCAGCUCCGUUUGUUGCAAAACCGAGCGGAGGACCUGCAUGGCUUGGUCCGGCUAUAUUCGGGAUUGUUCCUAUAAUCGGAGCGGUUUUAUGUGGGUUUUUACCGGAAACACUUAAUUGUAAGUUACCGGAUACGAUUGAGGAGGCUGAGAAUUUUGGGAAAAAGAUAGAAAAAGAUUUUAGUAAAAAUAGCGAAAAAGAGACUCAAGAAACUGCGACAUAAAUUAAAUUAAACAUGUUUUUGUUAAUUAAAUAAUGUAAAUUAAUAAAUUUAGGGUUGUAUAGUAAUUUUUUGAAGUUGUUGUAAGCUGUGAUUAAAAAAAUUUAUAAUUUAAAACAAAAUUAUUUUGAAAUACUCAAUAAACGAACAUGACUUGGUGCUAAAAUACCUAUUUUUGGAUUUGUAUUUUGAGGGAAAAUAUAUUUUUACAAAAAAAAUGUA